AUGGCGCGACCAACACGGCUUCUCUACGGGCUUUGGAUGAUCCUCUCCUUCCUGGGUGUCACUUGGGCUGCGGAGAACCAAACAGCCACCGAAUGGCCCCUGCAUGACGAUGGUUUAAAUGAAGUCGUCCAAUGGGACCACUAUAGCUUCCAGAUAAAUAGCCAACGCAUUUUCAUCUUCUCUGGCGAAUUCCAUUACUGGCGUAUCCCCGUCCCUGGUCUAUGGCGUGACAUCCUCGAGAAGAUUAAAGCCGCCGGCUUCACAGCCUUCGCCUUCUACUCGAGCUGGGCCUACCACGCCCCCAACAACCAGACGCUCGACUUCACGACUGGCGCGCAUGAUAUCACACCCCUGUUUGAGCUCGCCAAAGAGCUAGGACUCUAUAUCAUCGUGCGCCCUGGCCCGUAUGUCAAUGCCGAAGCGAAUGCGGGCGGGUUCCCGCUGUGGCUGACCACUGGUGAAUACGGCACCCUGCGGAACAACGACACGCGGUAUACGAAAGCAUGGACGCCGUAUUUCACCAGGAUGUCCCAAAUCACCAGCAAGUACCAGGUCACCGAUGGGGAGAAUGCGAUUGUCUACCAGAUUGAAAAUGAGUAUGGGAACCAGUGGAUUGGCUCUGCGUCGGAGCGGGUGCCGAAUGAAACAGCCAUUGCGUAUAUGGAGCUUCUUGAGGCGAACGCCCGCGCCAAUGGGAUUACCGUGCCUUUGACGUCCAACGAUCCGAACAUGAACUCCCAUUCUUGGGGUAGUGAUUGGUCCAACGAGGGCGGAAAUGUUGACGUUGCCGGUGUAGACUCAUACCCAUCGUGCUGGACCUGCGACCUCAGCCAAUGCACCUCGACAAAUGGCGAAUAUGUCGCAUUCUCGGUCAUGGACUACUAUGAUUACUUCCAAGAGUCACAGCCCACCAUGCCAGAAUUCAUGCCCGAGUUCCAGGGCGGUUCGUAUAACCCCUGGGGUGGACCAGAGGGCGGAUGCUCCGAGAACUCGGACCAAGACUUUGCAAAUCUAUUCUACAGAUGGAACAUCGGUCAACGGGUGACAGCCAUGAGCCUGUACAUGCUGUUUGGUGGAACGAACUGGGGUGCGAUUGCGGCACCAGUCACCUCAAGUAGUUAUGACUACUCGGCGCCUAUCUCGGAGGAUCGAUCGAUUGGGUCGAAAUACUACGAGACGAAGCUGCUGGCCUUGUUCACUCGCUCUGCGAAAGAUUUGACAAUGACCAAUUUGAUCGGUAAUGGCACACAGUACACUGAUAAUUCGCUCGUCCGGGCCUAUGAGCUUCGGAAUCCAGACACAAACGCUGGGUUCUACGCAACAUUCCACACCAACACCUCUGUAUCUACGAACGAAGCAUUCCACCUCAAGGUCAACACUUCCGCUGGGGCCUUGACCGUUCCCAAGCACGGUGGUGUAGUCCGGCUUAACGGACAUCAGUCCAAGAUUCUCGUUACGGAUUUCACCUUUGGAUCAAAGACAUUGCUGUAUUCCACUGUCGAAGUUCUAAGCUAUGCCGUGUUCGACCAGACUCCCACGCUGGUCCUUUGGGUACCGACUGGCGAAUCAGGCGAGUUUAAUGUGAAGGGAGCAAAGAAGGGAUCGAUUGAGCGGUGCCAGCGAUGUUCGGACGUGACAUUCAUCAAGGAACAUGGCGGAUUAACUGCUACCUUUACACAGUCCUCAGGCAUGAGUGUGCUGGAUAUUGAUGACUUCCGCGUCAUCCUUCUCGAUAGAACAGCUGCGUAUACGUUCUGGGCUCCUGCACUUACGAAUGAUCCGCUUGUACCGGAGACUGAAAGUGUGCUUGUUCAGGGACCCUAUCUCGUCCGCGGAGCUAGUCUGUCGGGCUCGAAACUUGCCGUGACGGGUGAUAUUGUCAAUGCCACGACCCUGGAAGUCUUUGCUCCCAAGGCUGUCAAGUCUAUCACCUGGAAUGGAAAGCCCCUCCGAACACAGCGUACGAAGUACGGCAGUCUCAAGGGGUCCAUUUCGGCGCCGCAGACUGUUACUCUGCCUUCCUUCGGGUCCUGGAAGUCAAAAGACAGUCUACCGGAGCGUUUGGCGACAUACGAUGACUCUGGAGCUGCAUGGGUUGAUGCGAACCAUAUGACCACGUUGAACCCCCGAACUCCCACGACCUUGCCCGUCAUGUAUGCAGACGAAUACGGAUUCCACAAUGGGGUCCGCCUUUGGCGGGGAUACUUCAAUGGCUCUGCAACUGGAGCCUACCUCAACGUGCAGGGAGGAUAUGCCUUCGGCUGGUCUGCCUGGCUUAAUGGCCAAUUCAUAGGCUCCUACCUCGGCGAUGCCUUGGACGAGCAAGGCAACCUGACACUCUCCUUCUCAAACACCACUCUCAACACCAGCAAGCCGAACGUCCUCUUAGUCGUCCACGACGACACGGGUCACGACGAAAAAACGGGUGCUCUCAACCCCCGCGGCAUUCUCGACGCCCGGCUGCUCGGCUCCUCGUCUGGCUUCUCGCACUGGCGUCUAGCAGGCACAGCAGGCAGCGAUUCUAACCUCGACCCCGUGCGCGGGGUAUUCAACGAAGACGGUCUCUACGGCGAGCGUGUUGGAUGGCACCUCCCUGGCUACGACGACUUGGCCUGGUCCAGCAGCUCGACUUUAAGCGUCCAAGGAGCAACAGUCCGCUUCUUCCGCACCACCAUCGCCCUCGACCUCCCCUCCAACACGGAUAUCUCCAUCUCUUUUGUUCUCUCUACGCCCUCCAGUAGCUCACUCGCUUAUCGUGCCCAACUCUUCGUGAACGGGUACCAGUACGGUCGGUACAACCCGUACAUUGGAAAUCAAGUUGUAUAUCCCGUUCCGGCAGGUAUACUGAACUAUAGUGGGGAGAAUACGGUGGCUUUUGCUGUCUGGGCUCAGACAGAGGACGGGGCAAGUCUAGAAGUUGACUGGCGAGUUAACUAUGCUGCUGAUAGUUCAUUGGAUACCGUGGAUAUUAGCAAGGACGCAGAAGAAUUGAGGACUCGGUGGACAGAGGAGCGGAAGAAGUUCGCGUGA